CUGACUCACACGGUGGCUCACGCGUCAGUCGUAUCCAUCGAACAAGUCUUAUUGACGGUUCACGAUCAUUGAAGGCGAAAAAGGAACGACUCUGCCAAUAUGAACAACCCUGGGGUGUUUUACCAAGAGUAUGAAGAUGAUCCACCGUACUUCACGUUUGAGGUGUCUUGGGAGGUUGCGAACAAAGUUGGAGGAAUUUACACCGUGAUCAGGUCUAAAGCUGCUACCAGUGUGGAUAUCCAUGGAGAUAACUAUUGCAUGAUGGGUAUCUAUAACAAAGCUCAGUGUAAUAUGGAAGUUGAGAUGACAGAGCCAGACAUGAAGGCAAUGAAAGGAGCACUUAAGUGCAUGCGAAACAAGGGAGUACAGGUACAUUUUGGCAGGUGGCUGAUUGAAGGUUACCCUAAGGUUGUUCUAUUUGACAUUGGUUCAGUGUACCACAAGCUCAACAAGUGGAAGGCAGACCUGUGGGAAAAUUGUCACAUUGGUCUCCCUGAUGGGGACACUGAGGCCAAUGACUCGCUUGUGCUUGGAUGUCUGGUCGCACAGUUUAUUUCAGAGUUUCGAAGUCGCUUUGACCCUGAAAUUCCGGUCGUUGCCCAUUUUCACGAAUGGCAAGCAGGAGUUGGUGAGAUAAUGCUAAGGACCAAGAAAGUGAAUGUAUCGACGGUGUUCACCACCCACGCCACCCUUCUGGGGCGGUACCUCUGUGCUGCUAAUGUUGACUUCUAUAACAAUCUCGAAAGGUUUGAUGUCGAUAAGGAGGCGGGCGACCGUGGUAUCUAUCAUAGGUACUGCCUGGAGAGGGCUGCGGCACAUGCUGCACAUGUGUUCACUACUGUAUCGCGCAUCACUGCCGAUGAGGCCGAACAUCUGCUUAAGAGAAAACCAGAUCUGGUAGUACCCAAUGGCCUGAACGUGGUUAAAUACACUGCUCUUCAUGAGUUUCAGAACCUCCAUGCAAAAUCAAAAGAAAAGAUCAAUGACUUUGUGCGUGGUCAUUUCUAUGGUCACUUUGACUUUGAUCUUGAUAAAACCCUGUAUUUUUUUGCUGCUGGAAGGUAUGAGUAUUUUAACAAAGGCGCUGAUGUGUUUUUGGAAUCAUUAGCAAGACUCAAUUACCAGCUUAAGACCAAUAACUCGGAAACAACAGUCGUAGCCUUCCUCAUAUUCCCGACUAAAACAAACAACUUCAAUGUCGACUCCCUCCGAGGACAAGCUGUUACUAAGCAGCUCAAAGAGACGGUGAAUGAGAUUCAAGAUAAGAUUGGGAAACGAAUUUACGAAAGCUGUGUCAAGGGUAAUCUUCCGAGUGGGGAAUCGCUGCUGGAACCAGAUGACAUUGUGAGGCUCAAGCGGUGUGUUCUCGGUGCCCAGCACCCUGAGAUGCCACCGGUUGUGACGCAUAACGUCUUAAAUGACGCCACUGACCCGAUUCUGUGCCAUAUCCGGCGGAUACAACUCUUCAAUACUCGCCACGAUCGUGUUAAGAUCGUGUUCCACCCGGAGUUCCUGUCUAACAUCAACCCUCUGCUUGCCAUGGAGUACAGCGAGUUCGUCCGUGGAUGCCAUCUGGGGGUGUUUCCUUCUUACUAUGAGCCCUGGGGAUAUACACCAGCGGAAUGUACGGUUAUGGGUAUCCCUUCGGUCACCACCAAUCUGUCUGGGUUUGGGCGGUUCAUGGCCGAGCACGUGUGUGACCCCACCUCCUACGGAAUCUACAUCGUGGACAGGCGCUUUAAAUGCGCUGAGGAAUCUAUCCAGGAGCUCAGCGGGUACAUGUUCAGUUUUUGUACCAUGACUCGACGCCAACGAAUCAUUCAAAGGAAUCGUACGGAGCGACUCAGCGAGCUGUUGGAUUGGAAGAGUCUGUACAGGUUCUACGCUCGCGCCCGCUUACUAGGGCUGCAUCGUCUGGAACCAGCGAAGUACGAACACCCGAACUUGACCGAUGAAAUCCGGUCCGCGUUCAACUACCCCAGACCGCCAUCAGCCCCGCCCUCCCCUGCACCAUCUGAGGCAGGAUCCGAUAAAGAAUCAGAAACGGAAGAAGACGAGCAGUACAGGUUGUUUAGUGUAUGAUGGUCGGCUUCUUUCAUCUAGAGACUGUUAUAAUUUUAGUAAAAUCCAAUAAGAAUGAAUCCUAUAAUCAUCACGUCAAGUCUGCCGAAGAACAAAGUUAUCCAAUCACCCCCUGGAUGAUUUGAACGCGGGCUCAGGUUCUACCUUAACCUGCUCUUUCCAGAAUCAACAGACAGACAACACAAACAAGGUGCAAUGGAGAAACUCCUACAAACAUGUGGUCUUGGUCAAUCGCAUGUUUGAAUGAUACAAAUGGCAUCUGUAAAACUCCUCACAGAAAGCGGUUGCGAUUCUGAGGCGGUUGCGAUUCUGAGGCAAGCGCAAAGAAGGGCGGGGGAGGUAGCUUGUGCGAGAGGGGACUGGGAAGAAGCUUGCUGGGUAUCUCUGCCCCUAAUGACAGUGAGGAUCCUUGGUGUCACACAAGCUAGGGCACAGGCCUUCACAGACAACAGAAUCUCCUUGUUUCCAUUCCAACACUCCCAUCCCCACCGCUUUUGCUUUCUGCUGCUAAUGCUAGCCUAUGUAGUGUGAUGUAAGAGUAUGGUAGUACGAUGUGUGGUGCACGUACUAAGAAAUUUGUAUGUGGAACAUGUAAUAUGAUAAUAAAUGGGACGCGACACAA